AUGGCUAAGAGCACGACGACCAACGAGCCCAUUGCUAUUGUGGGCAGCGCCUGUCGCUUUGCUGGCGGUGCCUCGUCACCGUCAAAGCUGUGGGAGCUGCUCAACAGCCCUCGCGAUGUCCGCAGCGACAUCCCCACGAGCCGGUUUAAUGCUGCCAGCUACUACCACCCAAAUCCUGCAUACCACGGGCACAGCAAUAUUCAACAUUCGUAUUUGCUGGAAGAAGAUGUCGCCGCCUUUGACUCGGAGUUCUUCGGCAUCAAGCCUGUCGAGGCCAAGGCGAUUGACCCCCAACAACGGCUGUUGAUGGAAACUGUCUAUGAAGGUCUCGAGUCCGCUGGGCUCACGAUUGACUCGCUGAGGGGGAGUGAUACUGCUGUCUACGUUGGGCUCAUGUGCGGUGACUACGAGGCAAGCUUAUUACGAGACAUGAAAAGCGCCCCGGUUUACACGGCCACCGGUAUUGGACGGAGUAUCCUGUCCAACCGAGUCUCAUAUUUCUUCAACUGGCAUGGUCCGUCCAUGACCAUCGACACUGCCUGUUCGUCCAGCCUUGUCGCAGUCCACCUAGCAGCGCAGGCCUUGAGAUCUGGCGAAUCUCGCGUGGCCCUUGCUUGCGGAUCAAACCUGCUGCUGGGUCCUGAGAAUUACAUUAUGGAAAGCAAGCUGAAGAUGUUGUCUCCUGACGGCCGUAGUAAGAUGUGGGACAAGGACGCCAAUGGUUACGCGCGCGGUGACGGCGUGGCAGCCUGCAUUCUCAAGACACUAAGCGCCGCCAUCGAGGACGGAGACGACAUCGAGUGCAUCAUCCGUGAGACAGGAGUGAACCAGGACGGAGCCACCACUGGAAUCACGAUGCCGAGCGCGACGGCUCAGCAGGCCCUGAUCCGCAGCACAUACGAGAAGGCGGGCCUGGAUCUGACCAAGGCCAACGACCGACCCCAGUUCUUCGAGGCCCACGGAACAGGUACGCCGGCUGGAGAUCCGAUUGAGGCCGAGGCUAUAUCCAAGGCCUUCUUUGGAAAGGAAUACGCCAGCAGGGUGGCCGAUGAGCCGCUAUACGUCGGGUCUAUCAAGACGAUAUUAGGGCACACCGAAGGGACUGCCGGUGUUGCAGCACUGCUGAAGGCGUCGCUGGCCCUCCAGAACUCGGUGGUGCCUCCUAAUAUGCUGUUAAAUACCUUGAGUGAUCGAGUCGUGCCGUUCACUCAGAAUCUGGAGAUUCUAAAAGCGCCCAAGCCAUGGCCUGCAGUCGAAGACGGCCAGCCUCGACGAGCCAGUGUCAACAGCUUUGGAUUCGGUGGCACCAACGCCCACGCCAUCCUCGAGAGCUACGAGCCUCUCCGACACCUGGAAAACGGUAUCACAGGCUCAGAAGCUCCUGUCCAGGUUACUCCGUUUGUAUUCUCUGCUCUUUCCCGCCAGUCAUUGCGCGAUACUCUGUCCGCGUACGCCGACUACAUUGAGGCAAACCCAGUAAUCAACCUGCGAGACCUGGCAUACACUUUACAACAGCGUCGAUCCCCUUUCCCCUACAGAGUAUCAUUUGCGGCGCAAUCGGCCGAUGACCUAGUCGCGAAAAUCCGUGCUGAACUGGACAGUACCAAGGUCGAGGAACUGGGAGUGAGGCUCUCAGCGCCCUCUGAUGGGAAGCGUCGCAAGUUCCUCGGUGUUUUCACCGGCCAGGGCGCCCAGUAUGCUCGCAUGGGCGCUGAGCUGAUUGAGACCUCUGCAGCUGCUCGGAAGAUUAUCCAAGACCUGCAGACGCAUCUCGAGCAGCUCCCUGAGGACCUCCGUCCAGACUUCUCCCUGGAAGCAGAACUACGUGCGGCGGCGGAUUCCUCACGGGUCCUCACCGGUGCCUUUUCCUUCCUGUCUACAGUUGUGCAGCUUGUACUCGUCGAUCUGCUGAAGCUGGCCGGUGUCCAAUUCGACGCCAUUGUCGCGCACUCAUCUGGAGAAAUGGCCGCCGCGUACGCAGCUGGUCGACUCUCCGCGCGCGACGCCAUGUGCGUUGCCUACUUCCGAGGCCGGUUCGCAUCCAAAAUGGAGAGCCCCAACGGGCCUGACAAGAAGGGCGCCAUGUUAGCAGCUGGGAUGUCGCACGAGGACGCGCAGGCCCUGUGUGAAGACGAGAUGUUCGCCGGGCGUGUCUGCGUCGCUGCCGUCAACUCUUCCUCCAGUGUGACCAUCUCCGGUGACGAAGACGCCAUUGACGAGUUCAAGAUCAUUCUCGAUGACGAGAACAAGUUUAACAGGAAGCUGCGCGUUGACCGCGCCUAUCACUCUAACCACGUCUCGCGUCGUCUCGCGGACUACGUUGCUCUUGUCAAGUCGGCUGGUGUCCAGGCCCUGGAGCCUGCUGAGGGUGCUCCUCUCUGGAUCUCGAGUGUCUAUGGCCGUGAGGUGACGGCUGACAUGGGACUCAAUGAUGAAUACUGGGGUGCCAGUGUGGCCAGGUCGGUGCAGUUCUACCAGGCUCUCAAGAUUAUCCUCGAGAACGACGAGUACCAGGCUGCCAUCGAAGUUGGGCCUCACCCUGCGCUGAAGGGCCCAGCAAGCCAGACAAUCCAGGAGCUGGGCAAGUCUAUUCCAUACUACGGAGUCCUGAGUCGUGGCGCAGACGCCACUGUGGCCUUCGCAUCGAGUCUCGGAUCGCUGUGGUGUCGUCUUGGAGGCGAGCAGCUCGACCUAACUGGAUACGAGAAGACAGUCAACAACAUCAAGUCCCCCCUGCGCGUCCUCAAGGGCCUCCCCUGCUACCAGUGGAACCACGAGGGCUCGUACUGGCACGAGUCCCGGGCAUCGAAGAAGCACAAAGCCCAGAUCCAGCCCUUCAACGAGCUAUUGGGAACUAUGAUGCCGGAUAGCGCAGCGCAUCAUCUCAGCUGGGGCCAUCUACUCCGGGCGAGCGAGAUCGAGUGGGCUUCAGGCCAUCAGGUCCAGAGCCAGACCGUGUUCCCUGCUGCUGGAUACAUCUGCACUGCAUUUGAAGGUGCUCGUGUACUUGCAGCAGACCGCGAUGUGCGCCUGUUUGAGCUCAGGGACUUCGUCAUUCACCAGGCGCUGACAUUCAGCCACGAUGACUCUGGGAUAGAAGUGCAGGCCUCCAUUUCGGACAUCCAGCGCAGCGACGACCGCAUCCGGGCCAAGUUCACAUACUCCGCCAGUCUGGGGGAGCAAGACCUAGACCUCGUCGCUGAAGCAGAGCUCCAUAUCGUAUUUGGGGCGUCUUCAGAAAGAACACUCCCCCAGCGCGCAUCCAAACCGCCGCAUAUGAUUUCCGUGGACAAUGAGCGAUUCUACACUUUCCUGGCUACUCUGGGCUAUGGUUUCGAGGGGCCGUUCAAGUCCCUGCACACCCUGAGAAGGAAGCUCGGGUCAAGCAUGUGCGCUGUCAACUCGGUUUCGCGUGAGGGUACAUUUGGAAACCCUCUGCUGGUGCACCCGGCCGAGUUGGAUGGUGGUAUACAAUCACUUAUCCUUGCCUACAGCUAUCCAGACGACGACCAGCUCUUGAAUAUGCACCUGCCAACGAGCAUGAAGAGUAUCCGCGUCAACCCAACCCUAUGUCAGUCCAUGACCGACAUUUCCGUCGACUCGAGACUGGGCAGAAACAGGUCCGCUGGCUUCUCAGGGGACGUCAGUCUUUACACGAAUGACUCUGCGUGCGCCGCGAUUCAAAUGCAGGGCGUUGAGCUGAAGCCCCUUGGUGCCCUCACGGCAAAGGACGACCGCAAGGUUUUCUCGAAGUACGAAUGGGUCAAGAACAAGCUCGACGGCGACCUGGCAGCGUGCGAUACCACUGUCACCAAGCACCACCAGGACGUCCUGGAGGGAUUGGAGCGUAUCUCAACAUUCUACCUCAACAAGCUUGAUGCAGAGGUUCCUACAGACUCUCCAUUGAGAAAGGAAGGCCCGCAUAGUCACUACCUUAACUACGCCCACCACAUUGUCGAAUUGAUCCAGAACGAAGAGCACAAGGUGGCCAAGAAGGAAUGGCUGGCUGAUUCACUGGAGGACCUACACCAGGCUACUGGCCAUCUCUCUGGCCUGAUUGACUACGACAUGAUGCAUCUUGUCGGACAGCAGAUGCCGCGUGUGCUCCGGGGAGAGACCAACAUGCUCGAGGAAAUGCGCGUCAGCAACAUCCUGGACAACUACUACAAGGGCGCCUUUGGGUCCCGCGAGGCUGGUCUGUGGAUUGGCAAGAUCAUCUCGCAGCUCGCGGAGCGCUAUCCUCACCUCAACAUCCUGGAGGUGGGUGCUGGCACAGGCGGUGCUACGACGAGGGUGCUGCAGGGCCUGAGCAACAAGUUCCUGUCGUACACCUUCACCGACGUCUCCAGUGGUUUCUUCGAAGGCGCCGCCGAGAUGUUCUCCGAGCACAAGGACCGCAUGGUCUUCAAGACAUUCGACUGCGGUCAAGACCCUGUCAGCCAGGGCUACGCAGAGGGAACAUGCGAUGUCGUCGUUGCAUUCCUUGUCAUCCACGCAACGCCCGAUCUGGAGCUCACGAUGAGAAACAUCCGCAGGCUGUUGAAACCCGGUGGAUUCCUGAUCGUCGGAGAGGGAACCAACAACGGCCAGCCCUGUGGCAGCGCUGGAUUCAUCUUUGGGUCUCUUCCUGGCUGGUGGCUGGGUGCGGACUCAGGCCGCCCUCUCUCGCCUUUCGUGUCCUACUCUGAAUGGGAGAGACUGCUCAAGGGUAGCGGAUUCUCUGGCAUUGACUCUACUGCCCCCCAGGCCUUCCAGGAUAUCUUGGGCAUGACAGUCUUUGCUGCUCAGGCUGUUGAUGACAGGAUCAAUUUGCUGCGAGAGCCACUGGGCCCAAGCGCAGCAGCCAUCGAGGACCGUAUCAAGGAGCUGGUCGUUGUCGGAGGCAGUACAGAGAAGACCCGUACUCUGGUCGCUUCGAUCACGGACCAGCUCAAAGGCAUCUCGGCCAAUAUCCACACCUUCGAGACGUUGACGGCAGUGGACUUCAGCCUCGUCGACGGCGACGCUACAGUGGUCUGCCUCUCUGAACUAGACAAGCCCGUCUUCCAGGACCUGACCCCUGAGGAGUGGAUGGCCUUCAAGACGCUCUUCUCGUGCCCUACGAAGCUGUUCUGGGCUACCAGUGGCAGACUCUCCGAAGAGCCCUUUUCCAACAUGACUGUUGGGUUUGCACGUACCGCAGUCUUUGAAACCCCUGCCCUACGCUUCCAGAACGUCGAUAUUACAGACCUCGCAGCCCUGAAGCCCCAGGACAUUGUCGAGAAGGUCCUCCGCUUCCACACGGCCUCCAGUGAAGUGGCACCCGACAUGAAGCCAUACGCAUGGCCCUUGGAGCCCGAGAUUCUCAUUGACGCCGAGGGACAAGAGCUAGUGCCCCGACUGCGACACAUUGCUGCGAGAAACGACAGAUACAACUCCGCUCGCCGCUCGAUCACAAAUGACACCGACAUCACAGCGUCCCCUGCGGCCCUGCAGCUCGACGGCGAGGGGUGGAAGCUGAAAGAGCUAUCGAGAUGGGCUAUCCCAGAAGAGGCCGAGUCCGAGGUCAGGUUGGAAGUCACCCAUAGUGUCUUGUCUGCUCUUCGGACGUCGUAUGGCCAUCAGUUCCUUGUCUUUGGAACUGAGACUCAGAGCCAGACGCGGUAUAUGGCUCUGGUUCCGGCUCUCCUCUCCGUCGUCAAUGUGCCCAAGGAGUCUGCCAUCCCGCUGCCAUCGUCGACUGCCAACGACUCUGAGAUCCUCACAUCUCUUGCUGCCGGCCUCAUUUCUAUGGCGGUUGUUGAUCCUCUGGUACCGGGGGAUACAUUGGUCGUGCACAACGCGACAGAGCUCCUUGCCCAUACAAUUUCAACCUUUGCGGCGAGCAAGAGCCUGCGCACCAUCUUUGUGGCAGACUGCACUCGCCCGGAUGUCCCUGAGUCAUGGAUCAAGCUUGAGCCUUAUAUGACCCAGUCUGAGAUUGCUGAUAUACUGCCUGCCAACACGGCCUCCUUCGUGGAUUUCUCAAUCCAGGCAUCAGACAACACCACGGCCAUUGCAUCUAGUCUGCCCGUGCACUGCCGCAAAGAAAAUGUAUCUACUCUUUACUCCCCUCUUGGUUGGCAAAGCGUUUCCUCCGUGGCUGCUCCUGAGUUGGGUAAGUUGGUUCAACGCGCCUGGUUUUACGCACAGCAGACACUCUCUUCCGGUCAGAAGGCCGCUGCUUCGCAUACCGUUGGCAUUACCGAUCUGCUAGAGGGCUUGAACCCGGAAAGUCCCGCAACCGUCAUUGACUGGACCGUCUCGAAGACUCACCCCGUUCAUGUCAGUCGCCUUGACUCGGCCGCCUUCUUCAAGGGCGACAAGACCUACUGGCUGUGCGGUCUAUCCGGCGCUCUGGGCGUGUCUCUCGUCGACUGGAUGAUCGAACGAGGAGCGAAAUGCCUCGUUCUGACCAGUCGUAACCCGAAUAUCUCCCCCGACUGGAUUGCGGCACACAAGCGCAACGGCGUCACCGUGACCAUUGUCCCCUGCGACGUGACCAACGAGCCAGCCCUGCGCGCAGCCCACAACUUCAUCUGCGAGACAAUGCCGCCGAUCGUGGGUGUCCUCAACGGAGCCAUGGUCCUAAGAGAUGUAUCGAUCCGAAACAUGUCGUUCGAGCUGAUGAGCGAUGUGUUCCGGCCCAAGGUGUACGGGAGUAUCCAUCUAGACCGCAUCUUCGCGGACGUGCCACUCGACUUCUUCAUCCUAUUCUCCUCGAUCAACUGUGUCAUUGGAAACCUGGGCCAGGCAAACUACGCCGCGGCAAAUACCUUCAUGUGCAGUCUUGCAGCGCAGCGCCGAAAGCGCGGCCUUGCAGCCACUGCUCUGAAUGUCGGAGCCAUCAUCGGAGCAGGCUACAUGGAGCGAGAAUCAAGCAAGGCCCUUGACCUCACAGUAUCCAAGAUGGCCCUGAUGCAUUUGUCAGAGCAGGACUACCACCAGCUGUUCGCAGAGGGCAUUGAUUCUGGCCGACCUGGCUCUGGCGACGAGGCUGAACUCACGACAGGUCUGCUGGAUAUCCCUGCAGCAGCGGACACCGAAAACACGCCCAAGUGGCACUCGAACCCGGCAUUCCUGGACUUUAUCGUCCACCAGGUGGAGAACAACGGGGCCGAUGAUGGGAAUGAGGUGAUGGCAUCUGUGCAGGACCAGCUUGCAGGGUGCAGGACUCGCAGCGACGUCCUCGCAGUAGUGAAGGCCCGAUUCGCAAUGCAGCUGCGCAACGUCCUGCAAAUGACCACUGCGGACGAGGACCUGAUGGCCUUGAGAAGCCGCGACAUCGGCCUCGACUCGUUGAUCUCGGUCGAUAUUCGCUCUUGGUUCCUUAAGAACUUUGAGGUCAGCGUGCCGGUGCUCAAAAUCAUGGGCAACGAUACCAUGGCUGAGCUGGCAGACCUGGUGGCUGAACAGGCGCCUGCAUCGCUGCUCCCAGGGCUUGCUGGGGAUGAUGCCUCUGCUGAAGCACCAGCAACGGCCUCUGCUCAGGAUCUACCGACUGUUGUCGUCCACAACGACGAAACAGGUUCCUCGUCUGCAGACUCCGAUAAUGAUGGCACGCCAGCUCCAUCCAGGGGUGGUUCGACCGGGUACACCACGCCAACAUCCGUCGAGGCCCCUGUGCUCAAGGGCCCUGUGAGUAUUGACUGGAGCAAGGAGGUCACUCUGCCCAAGGCAGCCAGUAUCCCAAGUGAUAUACCUCCGACAGCAAGGCCACAGACGAUUGUUCUCACCGGAGUCAGCGGGUUGCUGGGCCGCAGCCUCGUCUCAAACCUGCUGGACGACCCGGCAGUCGUCAAGAUUAUCUGCAUCGCCGUCCGCCGUCUAGACGAGCGUCUGCAGUCCAAAGAGCUCCCAAUCAAUGACCGCAUUGAAUACUACGCUGGUGACCUUGAGCAGCCCCGUCUAGGCCUGUCCGUCAGCGACGCAGCCAACAUCUUCAGCCGCGCAGACGCCGUAAUCCACAACGGCGCCGACACUUCGCAUCUCAAGUUCUACCCCGAGAUCAAAGCCGCAAAUACCGGGUCCACCAGUGAAUUGAUUUCGCUCUGCAUGGCACGCAAAAUCCCCAUCCACUACCUCUCAACCGUUGGCGUCGCGCUGUUCGGAAACCACGAGUCCUUCCCACAGGUCUCUGCUGCCGCGGACGAACCUCCCACAGACGGAUCCCAUGGCUACGUCGCUGCAAAAUGGGCUAGCGAGCGUCUUCUCGAAGAAUUGCACAAACAGCACGGAGUCAAUGUCUGGAUCCACCGCCCAUCCACGAUUAUCCGCGAGGGCGCCGACGCAGCCAACACGGCCGCCCAGACCGACUGGAUGAACGCACUGAUGGCGUACAUGCGCAAGACGCGAGCCGUUCCAGUAUUCAAGAACCUGCGGGGCGCACUAGACUUUGUGUAUGUCAAGAAUGCGACGGACAGCAUUCUCACGGCCGUGCUGCAGAAUAAGGCGUCCGCCCCGACGUAUACCCACCAGGUUGGCGAUAUUGUGCUCCCGCUGGAUAAUCUGAAGGAGUUUGUCGCAAGGGAUACUGCGGCAGCCAAGGUUGAUGAGCUUCCAGUUGAGCAGUGGUCAGCGAGAGCUGUGUCUGUGGGAUUGAACCGUGGCGUGGCCGCCUUGAUAGAUUCGAUGGAUGACCCUGGCCAGCCUCAUUAUCCUCGCAUGCUGCGUCAGUAG